UAAGAAUUUCUAACCUUGGUGACGGAGCUCCAGGAAGUUGCGACCCGGAACAGCAAUUCGCCUUUGCCAAACCGCAUUCCCCUUACAUUUUCUGCUUCCUUCUGUUCUGUGUUUGUACUACCAUUAUCAUUGCCAUCGCCAUUACCAUUUGGUACAACACCAUGUUGUCUGCGACAAAGGUCCAAAGGGCUUGUCCCAGCUGCAGAGCCCAGCUUCUGAGCUUAUUCGAGAAUGGUUUCACCAGCAAUGCGACCCGCCCCCGGCGUUCGCCCGCGAGCAAUCUUUUGUCCAGACAACCCCCCGUAGCUUCAAAGUCCAGACCCUUCUCGACGGCAAGGCGGAGCCUGCAAGAUGCCCAUGCCGAGACCACUCCGUCGGUGCCCCAAACCCCAGAAGAGAUCGAGCUCAUCGUCCGCCAAACGAGGCGGCAGUUCGGAGCCACCUUACCCAAGGGCUACCUGAACGAUGCCGAGUACAGGCUGUACACUCGAUUCUACGGCCCUCCUCUGCGCGAAACCAGCCCCGAAGAUGUUGGCAUGCCCAUUGAACAGGCCCUCCUCCAAGAAACCCACAAGUACAUCCUGGUCAAGAAUAAGAACAUGCUGCUGAAGGAGAACGAGGACGGAGAUCUCGAGGAGGUGGACUACCACGUCCCCCAGUUGCCCGAGUCCGAAUCCGAGCCGUUAGAGGGCGAACAGGAGUCAUUGGAGGUUGCAGAGGACGAGGAUAUGCCCUCGGAUGCCGGCAUCGACUACAUCAAGGCUGUCGCCAAGAACCACCGAGAGUUUGACGCCCUCAUGAAGCUACAGAGGGAUUUCGAGAAGGCAAGCCUGCGCCCAGCCGACCAAGAGGCCAUUGAGGAAGACGAAGAGCACGAAGAACAACAAGAGGACGUCGACGAAGAAGAAGAGCCAGAGGAGGACGAAGGGGAACCUGAUGCCAGGUUCAUGCUCGAGGAGUUUCCCGAUGGGGACCGUGUACAUGUGCUUAGCGAGAUGGGACAGUGGAGGACAAAUCCAUCCACUCUUCAUCUGCCCAAGGCCGAGUUUGUAAUGCCGAUCGAUGCCCUGCUUGGUCGAACCGAUGUCAAGCAUAUCAGGGAAGCAGCCGAGAGUGUAUACGGAGGUAAAGGCCUGCCUCACUCUGUCUCUACCCCUCACUCGGGCAAGACCUCGGGCCAGAAGCCCAUCCCAGUCGAGGCAGCACAGUCCAAGAUGAGCGAGAUCGACGCGGAUGCCUACAUCGCCACGAACCUUCCUGGUAUGUAUGCUUCAACCAUGGGUGUCCUGGUCGAGAUACGCAAACGAAUGGGGCCCCAUUGGCUACAAGGACUGCUGCGCCGCGGCGACGGUGAAGGACCUCGCGUGCUGGACGUUGGCACUGGCGGUGCCGCUUUGGCUGCCUGGGAGCGUGUGCUGCAAACAGAAUGGGAUCUGCUCCAUGGUGCCACAACUGGCAAGGGAAUGAUGGGCCCCCCAGGAAAGAAGACUGUCGUCGUUGGCUCCGACCGGCUUCGCAGCCGAGUAUCACGAUUCCUACACAACACCCAGUUUCUACCUCGGCUACCGGAUUACUUACAUUCAGGCCACCAUCCGGACAAGAUGGAUGACUCGGAACUGCCUGCACCACGAAAAUCUUUCGACGUAAUCAUUGCAUCGCAUCAGCUGAUGCCGAUCAAGGAGGAUCACAAGCGGAAAACUUUUAUUGACAAUUUGUGGGAGAUGCUCUCGCCCGAAGGAGGCAUACUCAUCGUCCUGGAGAAGGGCCAUCCCCGCGGCUUCGAGGCUGUUGCCAAUGUCCGCCAACGACUUCUGGAUGAGUUCAUUGAGACUUCCACGUCUGAUCCUCAACCCGACGCACUGGAACCCGAAACGCGCCGCAUCCGAGAGCCUGGCAUGAUUAUUGCUCCCUGCACCAACCACAAGAAGUGUCCCAUGUAUAUGACUCCGGGUCUUGCCCAUGGCCGUAAGGACUUCUGUCAUUUCAGCCAACGUUUCAUUCGCCCACCGUUCCUACAGAAGGUGCUCGACGCCUCUCACCGAAACCACCAGGACAUUGACUUCUCGUUUGUGGCCAUCCAGCGUGGCGUCACUCCUAGCUCACCGACGCCGCUGCCGACACGCCUGGGACGCGACGCUACAGAUGCUGCGUUCGAGGGCUAUGAGAAUGCUGAAGAGCCUCCUAACCCCUUGUCGCUCCCGCGCGCCGUUAUGCCACCACUAAAGCGGACCGGUCACGUCACCUUUGAUAUGUGCACACCGGCGGGCACUAUUGAGCGCUGGACAGUGCCGAAAAGCUUCAGUCGUCAGGCGUACCGCGAUGCCCGUAAGGCACAGUGGGGCGAUCUCUGGGCUCUGGGAGCGAAGACUCGCGUGGUCCGACCGAUCAGGCUCGGCAAGGGCGGCAUCGCACCCAAUGAUGGUGGUGUCCGAGCAAGGCGGGCGGCUGAAGCCGACAAGGCCAAGGUGAAGACCGUCAACCUCAGCCCUGAUGCGAGCGGCGUUUUCAAGGCGAAUGAGAAAGGCGGCGUAUCGCCUAGCAACCUUCUUGGCGGCCGUGGAAGAGUCCCUGAGGAGAGGAGAACUAAGGGUGGUAAGAAGGUCAGGCAAAGGAGAAUCAGGGAUGUACUGAAUGAAGAGGAUUAAUUGUCACACAUUGCGGUGAUUGAUUUGGUACGAUAUGAGGACUUGUAUUAUUGCAUGACGCCUAGCUACUAUCAUGAGAAGAUGGUUGUCAUUAUGGCCACAACGGGUCACCGUGGAUUAAAAAUAUGGGCGCCGCCUAGGCUAUCGAGGCAAUUUUGGUCUGGCACACGAUGGCGUUGUAUAAUAUAGCCAAACGCAGAUAGGCCCAGGCGAUGUAUGAAUGAUAUAAUAACAGACAA